AGUAGGACGAGAGGGCGAGGAGGAGCGCGAGCGCCAUACAGACGCAUCGUGUCAGAACAACAAAACUUUUUACUGAACCCUACGAACGAAGAAGGAGGCGUUCAAUCGAAGAUGUCGAUCACGACCACCAAGCCGGCCCCGGUUCAGAAACCGGGAACAAAAAGCUGCACAGCUGCAAUGAAGAAACCAACCACCUCCCACAAGUUCUCUUCCAUGAAGACCCCCGCAACCCCGGUUGUUCCUCUAUCCACCAAAAAACAACCAUCCCCAUCCAAUUUGUCAUGCAAAACAUGUAUGAAGUCCUGUGUAUGAAGUCCUGUGUCCGCCCGCCCCCCGGGGAGGGGAUCCUUGACCUGUGGCGCUGGGUGCGGGUGUCCACUACAUGAUGAUGAUGAUGCAUAAAAUGGAUGGUGAUGAUUCUUUUUUCCUGGAUAUCCUCCGAUCAAAACCUCCAAACUUCACGAGGAGCUCUGGAGCAAGUGGACGCCGGCGGAGAAGAAAGUUCUCGAGAAACUCAACACCCCGGAAAAAAUCCAGCUCUACCUGGACAACGAGAUCAAGUACGGUGGGGAAGACGGCUGCCGGUCCAUCCGGCACACCCUGAAAACGAAGGAGGCGCACUGUCUCGGUGGGUCCUUGCUGUCCUACUACCUGCUUACCCGGCACGGCUACGAAGCCUUCUGCAUCGGUUUGGAAGCCGUGAACGACGACUGUCACGCGAUUUGCGUCUACACGGUGACGAGCCCGAUCUCCGGGAAGAAGUACUACGGAAGUCUGUCGAAGUCGUAUCGACGGCAGAAGUAACGUACUAGUAAUUUGAUCAGCACGAGAAAUGAACUUUGUAAAAAUGCUGGUUAGCGUACACGGAUAGAUCUGUCGUGCAUGACUGCCCUUACUACGAGUACGAUUUAUACUUUUGCCAUGCAUAAGUGGAACUUCACCCUGAUCCGGUCCCGAGAUGCAGUCUACUCCUCCCUCCGCGAACUGGUGAUGAGUUACUGGGAUUUCUACUUCAAUACGGACGGAGAAAAAACGCUGGUGUGCUACACGAAACCGUUCAUAUGAACUGCAAAGGUAUGGUACUCGUAUGAAUGCAUUACAAAUUUCCUUAGCAUGAGAAAUAACGUUUGUCGUGCGCAUUUACCUUACGAAAAAAAUUUGUAAUGCAUGACUGCCAUUACUACGAGCGCGAUACUUUUGCACAGGAUAGCUCAAGGCGUUCACCGAUUUCAAGGGGGUGAAGGGGAAGGAGGACAAGUUUUCCUGGAUGUUCAACGAGUCCGGAAAGGAUGCGAAAUAUGCAUUGCAAAUAAAGCGUCGUGGAGGUGUUGGUGUAACUGCAGAACAGCAUGACAAAAUUUUGAAAACGCAAAACUCAAAAUCGUCACUUUGUCAUGCUAGACCUGCCUACACCAAAGGUCCUUUGUAUUGCACAGUCCUGCUCCAUCAAUCUGUAGUCAGAUUACAUUAACUAGCAAUAUGACACAUAAUGCUCCAAUAUGACAUUUGACCAGGACGACAUGAAAAACCUGCCAAAACGCGCAUUAUCAUAUUGUAAUAUUGUCAUAUUGUCAUAAUGCAUAUUGCUCGCGACAGCCCGGCGGCUGAAAAUUGGUCCCACCCGACACGCUGCCGGCCAGGUGUUGCGAUUCUAGGACCCUUUAGGCGGGUGCGUAUGCAUUUGCGGAAAAUUUGGCGGGGCGAUGAGCCGUACGCACUUCCUCCGCCCCUCUCGCCCUUGCCCAGGGGGCGUGGCGCUCGUGGCGUGGCCCCUCUCGCCCCUCUUGCAGCGUCGCAUUUGUAGCGCGUCCUAGUGCACUGCAGCUUUUAGCACCAGCAUCGCCCCGGCUCUGGGGCGUCAUCGCUUAUUGUACUCCGAAAGCACAACGCACGAAGCUGAUCGCCACACCCACACCACAAAUAAAGCAUUAUGACGCAAUGGCUGCUGAAUUUUGAGCAAUUGGAUUCGCGUGCGGAAUAGAAUUCGCAUGAGAGCGGGCGACCCGUGGCAAAGUCAUUCGGGUCGCAACGGCCCAGGUCGCGCACAUGUUCCUCUGGUUCGGACAAUUGUGCCCUUUUCGCCGCCGCUAAAACAAAACGGAGGGACAGGAAGCAGGCCUUGCAGCGCCAGUAGUGCGUGGCGGGCGCUGCCGGGCCCGCUUUCGGGGGCGGGGGUUCCGACUUUCAACACCUUCUGGUCAUUUUGCUCAAAAUGCCGCAGUCAUAUUGUCAUUUUGUCAUAUUGCCAUAUUGCAUAUUGGUAAAAGUGUCGAAAUUUUGCUAGUUAAUGUAAUGUGUGUAGUUCGUCUGCGACGUGUAGUUUGUCCUGCAUAAGCAGUACUGUGAGCAGGUGUUUGACGAAAUGGACACGGUUUCGCUCUUUCCGGCGGAGGACCAGGCGGCUAAGAAGAAGAUGAUGACGGCUUAUGCAAUACAAAAGUACACUCAGAAGGACAAACCGCAUGACAAAUUUACUUGAGUUUCAGCUACACAAAUACGAGAGAAGAAGUUUGUCAUGCAGGGACGCAUCUACUGUUGGUGAUGAUGUUGUUGUACUUUUGAAAUUGGAUAUCGCAAUGAAGUCGCUGAAGUACGACACGCGGAAAGAGGGGAAGAAGCAGGAACACGUUUCGUGUUUUGGAAAAUCCGUUUUUACCGCGCCGAAGAUCUUGGUGGAGGGAGGGAUAUGAACUGCAAAACAAGUAUCGUACUCGUAUAAAUGCAUUACAAAUUUCCUCAGCAUGAUGAGAAAUAAAAUUUGUAAUGCAGAUUUGCCUUGGAAACAAGAUUUGUAAUGCAAGACUUGCAUUGGCAUUUGUACGAGUACGAUACUUUUGCACAGGAUAAGGGACUCUGGACAGCAACCCGGAUGGGCUGUACCAGUGCUAGUGCAGUUGAAGGUGAGGACGAAGGUAGGAGCGAGUGCCGGAAAAAUGCUUUCAAACUACGAUGUAAAAUGUAGAUGUACUAGUAUUUGCGUGUCUUUCACUGUUGAUACAGAUACUUACAGAUACUGCAAGAAAGGCGGGCUUUACCGGAAUCGAAUUGAUUUUCUUCCGACGAUCGAGAGUUCGACUGUAAGAUCAAUGCUUUAUUGUACGACCGUUGUAAUUCUGUUUGUGACUGGACUGAAAAUGCAAUCCCACGCUUAUGUCGAUGUUUGGAACGAAAAGAAAACAAGUGUGGGCCGCUCAUGUUUACUUGCCGCAGCUAGUAAAAGCACACUUCUACUGUUUCAUCUACUUUUCUCAAACCCAGUUUAGUCUCCUCAAACGGCCGCGAGCAAAUGCUAGAUUUCCACUCAAACCGCAAGCAAUCGUGCCUGUUUUGUAAAGGUGGAUGGUUAGGCUAUGGCACAACAGCAUAUCAAAUUUUCCCAGCACGGUUAUUUUCGUUUUGACCACGACCUGGUUCCAAACCUACACCCAAAUGAACCUUUUCUGAUUUUCCUAAAUGCUCCUUGUAUCUGGAUUCGGAUUUCAACCUGGAAGUAGGCGACCUCCAUGCGCAUCUGUCUGCAUGUUGCUGGUGUGCUAAUGACCGUGUAGUAGAAGGUCCUACUUACAACUUCUCGCACGAACAUGUUCAUUGAUAACGGGCCAAGGCUGACCGAUGAAUGUUGACGCGGUAACACCACAAAGAUGUUGGCCAGAGAUUCAUGACU